CCUCUGAGUACAGAGAAGGGGGGAGGCGCACAUGCAUUGAGAGAAACACACUUGCACACACACACACACAUAGUAGUAGCAGCCGCAUUUUCACAGUCUGCUCUUCAGACUGACAGCAGCAAACGGAGCUGAGAGGCAGCGUGAAGCAGAAAGAGAGCUGGAAACAAGGAGACUUUAACAGGAUUUGCUGCUUUUCCCUCUCUUUCAGCGCUCUGGGAGCUCUAACGGGAAUCUCCCCUGUGCUCCUCUUGAAUUGAACUUGCUCUGCUGGAGAACCUGCUCUCUGCUAUGGCAGCCCAGAUGGGACAUGGAAACACUUUCCCCUUCUCUUUUCAUCUCUGGACUUUCUUCUCCAUGACUCUGAUAACUCUUUUAACUCAGGUUCGCUGCUUCAACCUGGAUACUACCCACACCCUUCAUAAGUUAGGAGACCGCUACACCUUUUUUGGGUUUUCUGUAGCACUUCACCAGCAGCUUAACCCAGAGUCCCAGAGCUGGAUCCUCGUGGGGGCUCCACAAGCAGCAGGCCGGGGCCUGUUGAAGGGAAGUCGACCAGGAGCUCUUUUCAGGUGUCCCAUCACUCCAGAGGAGUACGACUGUGAGAGGGUGGACAUCGAUGAAGACAUAAGUCUGGACAGAGAGAGCAAAGACAACCAGUGGCUUGGAGUUACAGUCAAGAGUCAGGGGAUUGGAGGAAAGGUGGUGACCUGCGCCCACCUGUAUGAACUGAGACAACGUGUCAGUCAGUCUUCAGAAACUCGAGAUCCCAUAGGACGCUGCUACGUCCUGAGCGACGACCUGACGAAGAGGGACGAGCUGGAUGGUGGAGAAUGGAAGUUCUGUGAGGGUCGACCACAGGGGCACGAGCAGUUUGGGUUCUGUCAGCAGGGCCUUUCUGUCAGCUUCACUCCAGACAACAACUUCAUACUGUUUGGGGCUCCAGGAACGUACAACUGGAAAGGUGAGAUGCAAGUCCAGCUCCUAAACCAGAGUGUGUUUGACCUUGGUUACUAUGACGACGGCCCAUACGAGGUUGCAGAUCACAAAGAACAUAAUUCCAGGCUCAUCCCUGUUCCUAACCACAGUUACCUGGGGUUUUCCGUCGACUCGGCGAUGGGGAUAAUGAGCCUCGGGGAGCUGACCUUUUUGGCCGGCGCACCUCGGGCCAAUCACACUGGAGCUGUGGUGUUGCUGAAGAAGGACAACAUGCACCGACUGGUGCCGCAGCACAUCUUCUGGGGGGAGGAGCUUGCAUCCUCAUUCGGGUAUUCAGUGACCGCGGCAGAUCUCAACAAAGAUGGUUGGACAGACCUGAUUGUUGGAGCUCCUAACUUUUUCGACCGUAAAGCAGAGAUAGGUGGAGCGGUUUAUGUCUAUCUGAACCCCUUCGGUCACUGGGACGAUCAGGCUCGACCGAUCCGCCUCAACGGGACGUAUGACUCCAUGUUUGGGAUGACAGUCAGCAACAUCGGAGAUCUUGAUCAGGAUGGAUAUGGAGAUAUUGCAGUGGGUGCCCCGUUUGAUGGAGAUGGAAAAGUUUUCAUCUACAGAGGCUCAGACUCUGGAAUUGAGACAAAACCUGCACAGGUUCUGGAUGGCUCCGACUUUGAUGUGAGACGUUUCGGAUACUCCAUCUCAGGUGGUCUGGAUAUAGAUGAAAACCAAUACCCAGAUGUAGCUAUUGGUUCUCUGAAUGAUUCAGUAGUUCUUUUUAGGUCUCAACCAGUCAUUCAUGUGAUCAGAGAAAUAUCCAUUAACCCUCAAUAUAUUGAUCUGCAGCACUUCAACUGCAAAGGGAGAGAUGGAGUCUGCAUUGACGUUCAGGCCUGCUUCACCUUCACAGCCCACCCAGAACACUACUCACCCCACAUUACCCUCGUCGUGCAUUUUGAAGCUGACACAGAGCGCAGGAAGCUGGGCCUUCCGCAUCGCAUGACCUUCCUGGGUCGCAGUUCGCUGGAGCCUGAGUACACACAGACAGAAGAAGUGGAGCUCCAUCGGCAGCGUCAUCCAGCGUGCAUCACUGCAGUCUUCCAGCUGCACGACAACAUCCGUGACAAACUGCGGCCCAUAUCAUUAGCAAUAACUCAUACGAUCAAACCUGUGCCGCCGCGUAGACACAAUGGGAAGAGGCUGCAGAGGCUACCACCUGUGCUGAGUCUCACUCCGUCAAAUACCCUGCACUCUGAGGUGAACUUCCUGAGAGAAGGAUGUGGCAGCGAUAAAAUCUGUCAGAGCAACUUGAAACUGCGCUUCCAGUUUGGAACUCGACCUCACAACACCGACUUCUUCACCCCUCUGCCAAAAGACGAGGAUGGUGUGCAGGUGCUUUCUCUGUCAGACCAGCGUCUGGUUGUUUUGGAGAUAACCAUCACCAAUUUGCCCUCUGACCCUCUUUAUCCCGAGGAGGACGGUGACGAUGCUCACGCUGCUCAGCUGCUAAUCACGCUCCCAAACACGCUGUCAUACGCUGGCUCCAGGGUCCCGACCCAGAUGAGGUGCCAAGCGAACCAGAAUGGCUCCCAGGUGGAAUGUGAUCUGGGAAACCCCGUCAAACGAAACGCAAAACUAAAAUUCACCAUCAACCUGAGCACAGCUAACAUUACCACUGAAACCACUGAGUUAACAGCAGAUCUGCUGCUGACAACUAUCAGUGAGCAGUCUGACCUGGAUCCCAUCACAGCUUAUGCUAAAGUAGUGAUAGAGCUCCCUCUCUCUGUCAGUGGACUGGCUCGUCCUCACCAGCUGUUCUUCAGUGGGACGGUGAAAGGAGAGAGCGCCAUGACAAGUCUGGAGGACAUCGGCAGUCCUGUGGAUUUAGAGUUUGUGGUGACAAAUCCCGGAAAAGCUCUCCAGACCCUUGGUUCUGCCUUCCUGAACAUCAUGUGGCCCAAUGAGCUGGCCAAUGGGAAGUGGCUCCUGUACCCUGCUAACUUGACAUUUCUGGGCCACCCAGACACACAAUGCACUCCGGCAGGAGCCUUGAAUCCUCUGAAGCUGCAGAGCGCCUCUCCUGCUGGCAGUUCACUACCUGCUGAUCAGAGAGUGGGGAGAGCUCGCCGCUCCCAUCCAGAGGAGGAAGAUCAAGUGAUGACAAAAAGCAGCAAUGGCCGUACCACGCCCGCUGUGGCAGCUUCAGAGAGACGCAAGUCUCUCAAACUGGAUUGUCUCCUUGGUUCGGCGCGCUGCGUGCUGUUCCAGUGUCCUCUCCACAGCUUUACUGGUCAGGCAGUCCUCAAAAUCCAUGCCAGACUGUGGAACGGCAGCUUCAUAGAGGAAUUCCCGUCAGUCAGUGCUCUGGAGCUGCUGGUCAGAGCCAACAUCACUGUGAAGUCCAGCAUCAAACACCUGGUCCUCAGGGAGGCAGCGGCUCAGAUUCCAGUGAUGAUUUACCCAGAACCAGGUCUAGCUGAUCAGUACUGGAUCCCCUGGUGGAUUAUCCUGAUAGCCAUCCUGGCAGGCAUCCUGCUGCUGACUCUCCUAGUCUGUUUAUUGUGGAAGUGUGGCUUCUUCCAACGUGGCCACCACAAAGACAAACUUCCCCAGUACCACGCGGUGAAGAUUCCACGCGAGCUCCGGCCACAGUUCCAGACUGAGAAGUCCGGAUGCGUCCAUAAAAAGGAAUGGGCCACGCACUGGAGCGAUGGGACACUGUAACUCUGUUUGACUCGAACAACUCAAAUGUGGCACUCGUUCUGUCUUUGCAUCGAAACUAACUGACUAAAGGAAACGUGCACAAUGACUGGGAUGGAGAGAUCUUGUGCACACUGUCAGUGCGUACAUAUGAACCUGAGAGCCAAUCCACGCCCUUCAUUCUGCAGCCUCCUAACUGCUAGCCUCAGUCUGUUUGCAGCGUGACUCACAGCUUGACAAGUGAAUGUUGAAGGCCAACAACAACAACAUCAGAUAGCUGCUCGACAUGUUUCCCAGCGCUGACACUUUGCUGUCAGCAGUUCUGACUGGCAGAGUAAAGGAGGACUGAAAAUCAAAGACAUGCAUGAAUGCACAAACGUGCCAGACCCCAUUAGAUGCAUUCAAACACACUGAUUUAUAGGGUUGAUGUGUGAAUAAGACUAUUAACUACUGUGAGAGUAAAAUGAGCAUGGGCAAUAAAGAGAAAAGGAAAACGCCUUUAUAAUAAAGAAUGCUUGGGGGUCUUUUCCCUUUGCUGUAAUAGUAAAAUCUAAGAACACAAAACUGAAUAUGUACCUCAAAUGGCUGCCCAAACAAAUUCCUUUUCUUCCCCCAACAUUAUUAAAAUAAAUAAUUAAAACAAAGCCAUUUAUGUUUUUCUUUCCCCUUUUGUUUAAAGUAGUGCCAGUCAAAUCCACUGUACAUCACGUGUCUACUGCCUGAGUGAUCUUGAAUAAAAACAUGAAACAUGUCCAUAGAGCUGUUGCUGCAUGAAAACAAAGGAUGUCAGGAAAGCAAACCAAUAUUUACAGUUUUAAAAAAUCCACCUGCACUCUAAAAAAGGAAAUGUGGAAUUUACUUAACUGAGUUAUGCCAACUGGUUCCACUAACUAAACAAUUGCUUAAAUGUACAGAGGAACAAAAGGCGUGUUUCCUCUUCAGGUAAAUUUACAGGAGCUUCACUCGACCGAGAUGGCCAAACGGCCGUUUUCAGGAACUUUCUGAGUAUGUGAUCGGGGGUAAGUGCUCAGAUUGGCCCGGUGGAGUUGCUGGGUGGAAAUGUUGGUAUACUUACACUGACUGGUUGUAACUUAGCAGGAAAUUACAUCAACAGACAACCAGCAGUAGUAGAGCUGCUUGUGAAGCAGAACUGACACAAAAGAAAAUUAGCAGCAAUCUUAAAAUUGACAUUACCAAACUUCCAACGCCGGAAAGCACGGUGGAAUUCCCCCUCAACGACUUCAUUCAUGAAAUAUUUUGAUGAAAUAAAACUUUUAAUGCUAUUAAUGUUACUGUGGAGGCCUUUUGGUGAUGAUCAAUGACAGUACUCACUGCCAAAGCAGUGGUGAAUUGCUGACAUCUGUGCAACAUCCUGAAAAAGCUGAAUUUGAAUGGAGACAACAGCUGAGAGGACCGGGACAUCUUAUCUCCUGAAGCUCCAACAAUUGAAACAUGCCUAUACAUUAAUUUAGAACAUAACAACGUAUAACAAUGUUUAUUGCUCUUUACAUGUAAGAAACUAAUUUUAAUGGAACCAGUUGAUGUAAUUUGGUUAAUUAAGCUCAACGUUUACAUUUCUUAGGCUCUGUACACACGUAGCCAGGUAUCACACUAAACAAAGAUCUGUUUUUACGGUUUGGCCUGUCCUCCGCACGAAAGCUAAGAUAAACAAAACUAAAAAUUAUUCUUUCUAAAUCUCCAACCAAGGUGGAGAUUUACAAAUUAUCUGUUGUCAGCAUUUGCUUGUAGAUAUAAAUAACCAGGGUUUUGGGGGUUUGCAACGUCACUGUCUGAGACAGAAAUUACAUCACAUGUGACCUGUGUAGAAGACCACAAGUGAAGGGCGAAGUUAAGGACGGACAUUGCCUACUACCUAUGCCACGUGAGGAAUGUUUUGCAGCAAAGAUGCCAAAGAUUUGUGGAGCUACUGCCACCUACAGGCUUGGCAUGGCAUGGCUUGUGUGUCACAAUGCACUGGAUGUUUGCUGAAAACGAAGUGUUUUAAUCCGAGAUGGGCGAGAUGGAUAUUAAGUUUUACAAAGAUGCUGCUACGUGUGUACAUGGCUUUAGAGGAUGGACUUUUAAAUAAAAUUACAGAAAUAUACUUGAGGUUUUGGAGUUAGUUUUAGUUUUAUUUUUUUUGCUGAGCUGCAUUUUGAUGUGUAUUUUCCACCUGGAGAUGAACAAGUUGUGAAUAAAUACUUUUAGAUUUUAAUCUUAAACACUCAUUUUGAGAGAAAUGGAGCAUUUGUUUCAGGCCUGACGUAUAAUUCUGAACACGUGCCUUAUUGUAAAUGUGGCAGAUGGUUACAAACGAUGCUGCUGCUAAUGAGAUGAUGCCGCCUUCAGACAUCUGUUGGACACAGGUGGACGGGUAAUUCAUCCCUCCAAUGAUGGAGUGAUACAACAAGAAGGCAAAAUGGGUUUGAAAUAAGCAGAUAAAGCUUAAAUUUUAUUAAAUGUUUUGGAUUGGAUGGGAAGCAUGGUGGGACCGCUUGGAUUUAGGUAUUGCUGGACAAUCAUCUGUGUCGGCUGCAUGAAGGUCCUGUCACUGUUCUGAUGCCCCCAAUUAUCAUUUUCUGUCAUUUGUUUUAUUUAUUUUUCUGUUUGGCUGUCCUGUUUUACCAUUGUAAAUAAAGGUAAAUAAAACUGA